GACCCCCCGGUGGAUGUCUUUGUGCACCAGAGCAAGCUGCACAUGGAGGGCUUCCGGAGCCUGAAGGAGGGCGAGGCAGUGGAGUUCACCUUUAAGAAGUCAGCUAAGGGCCUGGAAUCUAUCCGGGUCACUGGCCCUGGUGGGGUGUUCUGUAUCGGGAGCGAGAGGCGGCCCAAAGGGAAGAACAUGCAGAAGCGCAGAUCAAAGGGAGACAGGUGCUAUAACUGUGGAGGUCUAGACCACCAUGCCAAGGAAUGCAAGCUGCCACCCCAGCCUAAGAAGUGCCACUUCUGUCAGAGCAUCAGCCAUAUGGUGGCCUCGUGUCCACUGAAAGCCCAGCAGGCCCCCAGCUCCCAGGGAAAGCCAGCCUACUUUCGGGAGGAGGAGGAAGAAGAGAUCCACAGCCCUGCCCUGCUCCCAGAGGCCCAGAAUUGA